AACCCAACACGAAAUAGAUAAAAAUUGUUGUUUUAGGUUAAAGUAGCCAUAAAAUCAAUACAAACACAAUCGGGACCUAAUUAUAAUAUGCCAUUGGCCGAAUUAUUAACAUUGAUUAUAUUAUGUGAGGUAGUAAAAUUAUUUGAAAUCCAUAGUUUCGACUACUGUGAUAUAAAAGAUUGCAAACCGAGAGAUCACACUAUGUGCAAAUAUCCCCCUCACAAACCGGAUUGUGACUUGGAGCAUUCUGGUCUGUCCACCAAGCAUCGGAAGAAAAUCCUGAAUUUGCACAACAAGUUGAGACAGAAGGUCGCUCGCGGGGAGGAGGAUGGCCAGCCUCCUGCCGCGGAUAUGAUGAAGCUGUCGUGGAACAACGAGGCGGAGGAUAUCGCCCAGAGGUGGUCCGAGAGGUGCCAGAAAGGCCAUGACUCUUGCAGAAUUAUGAUGGACGGUACGAGCGCAGGCCAGAACGUGGCAGCUCUAACUUCAAACACAUCCGACAGGACACUAACUGUCACCCGUUGCUUCAACUCGUGGUACGAGGAGGUAAAGUACGUUACGAACAGUACGAUCCAUAAAUUCAACUCCAGUUAUGUUGAUAACGGUACCGCCAUCGGAGACUACACCGCCCUUGUCAACUCCAAAACCAAGCAGAUAGGGUGUGGCUACGUGGAAAGGUGCGCUGAAAAAGAGGUAUUCCACGAUGUUAUCCUAGUCUGCAAUUACGUGCCGUCCGGGAACGUGUUGAAUGAGGCGGUCUACAAGGAGGGGGACCACUCCACCGCCUGUCCUGAAGGAUCUGUGCGCAGUAUGAGAUAUCCUGGACUCUGUACUGACGAAAAAGACGAGUAUGAAGAUGUACCCAAGCGAUCAUGGGCAAUACGUCUUCAUCCACCCUUUAACCCUUUUGUUCUCCCCUUGAUAUGCUUACAUAUUGUUUUAAAACGUUCCUAGGAAAAUUAACGUAGAAAAAUUGAUAAUCUCUUGGAUUGAAUCUGAAGAUCUUAUCCAUUAAAUAAAACCAGGAUCUGUGGUGAAGCGUUA